AUGUUGUUCUUCAGCUUUUUUAAGACCCUCAUCGACCACGAGGUCACGGUCGAACUCAAGAACGAUAUCCAGCUCCGUGGUAUCCUGAAGAGUGUUGACCAGUACCUUAAUAUCAAGCUCGACAAUGUCCAAGUCAUGGAGGAACUCAAGUACCCCCACUUGAGUGCCGUUAAGAACAUCUUUAUCCGCGGCUCCGUUGUGAGAUACGUUCACUUACCGGCUAGCGCAGUGGAUGUGCAACUGUUGGAGGAUGCUGCCAGAAGAGAAGCCCAGAACCAGGCUGUGAAGGCUAAAUGA